GAUAUCCUCGCUUCCCGACCCAGGUAGGCCCCUUAAGCUCACCCAGCCUGCCAAAGACAGACGAGGGAAUCUUGAUUGGGUGCUUCUCGAGAAAAGACGUCCUCUUGUUCUUCUUCCUCCUCCUCCUCCUCCUCCUCCUUCUUCUUUCAAAGACCAGAGACGAGGACGACGACCCAACUUGUUAUUGGAGUACACUCCCAUAAGAAACUUACUAUUAUUACUUGGCAUUACCACUUCGGUCCAACUACCACUACUACUAACAACACCACCGCAAGCAACCCAACGUACCCAUGCGGUCCCUCUCCACGACGCUCGUCGCCCUGCUCGCCUGCGUGGCGGCGACGGGCGUGCUCGGCCACCCCAGCUCCGAGGAGGACAAGAAGGCCUUCUUCGAGGCCCGGAGCCGCGUCGUCGCGCACACGAGGCGCUCCCUCGAGCGCUGCGCUGACUCGCCCGAGGCGCGCGCCCUCGAGGAGCGUGCCGUGGCCCGCCGCUUGGCCAAGGCGGAGGAGCUGCGCGCAAAGUACGGCCUGAAUAAGGACAAGCGCGACAGGCAGUGGUUCCAGCACUACAACAAGCUCUCGCAUGACCUGUCGUACAAGGGCUACAACCUCCAGACGCCGGCCAAGACGCUCUUCUCGUCCAACACGACGUGCGCCCUGGUGCCCGAGACCAUCAUCGGGCCCUACUACGUCGAGGGCGAGCUCAUCCGCUCCGACAUCACCGACGGGCAAAAGGGCGUGCGCGCCCACGUCGACUACCAGUUCAUCAACAUCCGCACCUGCAAGCCCGUGCCCGACCUGCUCGUCGACAUCUGGCACUGCAACGCCCUCGGCGUCUACUCGGGCGUCUCCGCCCCCGGCCAGGGCGGCCUCGACACCACCUACGGCCGCGGCGUGCAAAAGACGGACUCGGACGGCGUCGUCCAGUUCGACACCAUCUUCCCAGGCCACUACGCAGGCCGCGCCACCCACAUCCACGUCAUGUCCACCGACCACGCCCGCGUCCUGCCCAACGGCACCUUUGAGGGCGGCACCGUCCGCCACAUCGGCCAGACCUACUUCGACGAGUCCGUCAUCAAGGCCGUCGAGGCCACCGAGCCCUACAGGCGCAACCCGGCCCGCCGCACCACCAACCUCCAGGACUCUUUCGCCAGCGACCAGGCCACGCCCCAGUACGACCCCUUCGUCAAGCACGUCUACCUGGGCAGCAAGGCCCAGGACGGGCUGCUCCUCUUCCUCUCCAUCGGCAUCGACCCCGACGCCGACUACAACGAGUGCCGCACGCCCGCAGCCCACUGGCACCCGGGCGGUGGCGAGGACCUGCCCGACCCUCAGUUCUGCAACAUUUGA